ACCAGCGGUGUUAUCAGUGAAAUUCGCGAUGUUUCGCUUACCACGUCUCAACAUCUAGGUACCACGUCUAUGCAUUUCAUUAUUACGUACCUACGUACAUAAAGUUGAAUUGAAUGUUUGUUAACCACUUCAAUAAGCCCAGCCCAAUCUGUAAUUUUUAUUGAAUCGGCAGCUCGACACUAUUCAGAAAGAAGUUAUAAUUUCACUUUCACGGUUGAAUUAUUUGUAAAGGUAGAAUUGCCUCAACUAAGCCGUCGUGUUUGAAGUUCUGAAGCUCGAUUUGUACGAAGGGUACUUGUAUAAUUUUACAGUUCUUCGAACUUGAGUGGAAGCACAGCUCGUGAAGCAUAUAUUCGACUCGCUCGGUAUGGAUUUGUAUGAAACGGCAGAAGAUUCGAAUCUCACUGUGGAAAAUUGUACCUAUACAUGGACAAUCAACAACUAUUGUGAUCUUUGCGAAACAGGAGAAAAGUUUCGAUCCCUCCCUUUUAAAGCUAUUGGUGAUGAUUUCGAGUGGUGUAUGGAGCAUAAAAUCUCGACAUGGAUUCGAAUGAAUUCAAGAACAUGGAAACCAACUUAACUGUGCUUCAUUCGUUGCUGAAAGACGUAGACGUGAAUACUCAGUGCUUCAAUAAUGGACUAGCCUUCGUCGAGGAAAGCCAGCUUUUGAAUUUCGCUGAAAAUGCAAACGUUCAAGAAAUCGUGUCGUUGAUUAAUGCAGCCUUACAUAAUCCAUUGGGUGACCGGUUACGAGCUUUGCAAGUGUUGGGAAAAUGUUCGAAACAAUGUUCAGACGAUGUGUUCACUUCGAACGCUAUAUUAUGGAUGCAGCAUUGUACUCAGUGGUCUCCUCAGUCGAUAAAUGUAGAACUGAAGAUUCUCAAUAAUUUGAUCGUCAGAUCUGUCGGUAGUCCGGAUUUAAAGAAGCAGAUCAACGCAGCUAUGAUACCAAGGAUCGUAGAACGGUUGAAUAAUUGCUCCAGUACUGCUAAAAGUACUGUGAUUCUAAAGUUGAUCUGUUUACGAUCACUUCUCGAUGGGUAUUCUUCUUCGUGCAGUCAGUAUCGAACUCAGCUCUAUAAACAUAUCGUUUUUACGUUGAAGAAUUAUUGCGAAUACGACGAGAUCGUUUCUGUAGCUGCUGGUUGUUUGAUGUUACUUCAUUCGUGUGGAAGUGCUGGCCAACAAGGGGUAAAUUACAAGGAACGUUGGACGUCUCAAUUCAACGCUUGUAUCUCAACUUAUCAUAAAUUAUUGGAUCAACUUUACGGAGAUAUUGAACAAAUGAAGAUUGAUUCAGAUAAACUGAACGAGACAGCUUUUGAUGAUUUUUUGGAAUUGAAACCAGAGUAUCAAGUUAGUCCUACGAUGAGAUACUUCGGUUUACGUAGAAGUUGCAACGUGUUGACCAGUAUGAUGCAGUCUAUGCUUUUAGGAAAGUUCCCUGUUGGGAAGUCGUUCAAUGUGAGGAAUACGAUGAAUUUAAUAUGCAGAAUUCUAUCCGUCACCAAUGUUACCCUACAGGAUGAAAGCUUGACCAACGAUAUUAUCGCUUUGGGAGCUAAUCUACCUUUUCUGCAUCUGUGUGCGUUUGAUUUGUUGCAAGCUGUGAUAAUUAGUGCGAAGAGGAAUUUAAUCGUGCAUAGUACGUUGAUAUGUAAAUUAUGCAUUCAGUCGUUGAAAUGGAUUUCUAUUAUUGCGCGAGCCAAUGAAACUAUUAAACCCUUCAGAGAUGUGAGGAGAAAAGCAUACUCCACAUUGUGCACAUGGCUAUCAGUUGCUGGAUCUUGCAGUUCAAUUGAAGUUUUCGCCGAUGAACUAGUUCCUCUGUUAAUUUCAAGCAUGGAACAUCGUAAACAAAGUAUAAGUCUUCUGAUCGAUCCGCAAAAAAAGAAAGGCAAACGUAAACGUAGCCAUAUCAGCAGCGAAAUGAGUCUAAACCCAGAAGUAUCCAACUCCUCUGGUGAAGUCUCAGACGAAGACGUAUGUUGCUUGGCUCACAAUACAUUGCAAUUAAUGUUACGUAACGCCUCCGUAUUCAUCAAAUGGGAGCAUCACAAGACCGUGCAAACUGUGAUCGUUAACCUGUUGCUGGAUAUCCAAAAAUGCAGCACAGAACAAGAAUACCCAUCGAUGUACUCGAACGCUAGAUGUCGUCUGAUGCUGUAUGGAACUUUACUCACCCUUUUGACAGAACCUCAUCCUAAAUGGUUUGCUCCUACGUCGUACGCUGUGAAUAUAUUCAACGCCGGAGUCAACGAUCCUCAAGUUUCAAUUUCAACAUUCUGUAAAUUCGCUGUUACCCAAAUCGAGGCGAUAAACCAUCCCAAAGCUCCCAGUUUAUCGUUCGUCAGUGAAACCGUACAAACUACUAAACCAUCAGCUGAUGUGGAACGUUUACUUGCUGUGACUGCCUCGAUUGAAACUCCAGCACUUAGUGCACCGCAGAAAGUCGCAGAGGUGUUGAAAUCUCGCGAACAAGCCAACAACCUGACCAAAUCUAACCAGAGUAUCGUUCAAGAUCCUACUCCGGCUGAAAAUAAUCGUGAUGGGGGUUGUAAUGCGAUGAAAUCUCGCAUCAGGGAGAUCGCACCUGCUGAGAAGCCUUUGGUGGAAGAGCGGAGCGAUUCACCUUCGCCUAAGAAAUUUAAAAUGGAUGUAACAUCGAAGAAUAAUUUGAUCUCGGAUAAACAACAACAGCAGGAGUCGAGUAUUGAAAAGAAUCCUGUCGAUACUACCAUUUCGAAUGCUUCUUCUGUCAACGAGUCUUCGACUAAAGACGAUUCGAAGAGCCGAAGUUCCUUGUGGCCUGAAGAAGAUGGUGAUGUUGAUUUAAUGUUGAAGGAUUUUGUCGACGAUAUUUGAAGUAUUUUUCAACACGAGUUAUUGUACUAACAUAUUUGAGAAUUUGUUAUUAUUUGAAUGUUUUAUUGCAUUUUUGUAUUGUAUGAUACAAUUUUGAUGAUGAAAUAGUUUUUAUUUUU